AUCUCAGUUCGCGCGUGGUACGCUUCCGGUUUGCCAUUAGUCGUUGGUGACUGUACUGCAGUAUUUGUGUUGUUACCAAGCGGGAAGCAAACCAGGGAAGGGGUGGAUAGUUACGUCUUUCUAUUUCGAGGAGGAUCAGUGUAAAGGGCAACAUGCCACGAGAAAUUAUAACACUUCAACUUGGACAAUGUGGAAACCAAAUUGGUUUUGAGUUUUGGAAGCAACUAUGUGCAGAACAUGGUAUCAGUCCGGAGGGGAUUGUGGAAGAAUUUGCAACUGAAGGCACUGACAGAAAAGACGUCUUCUUCUAUCAGGCUGAUGAUGAACACUACAUCCCACGUGCUGUGCUAUUGGAUCUGGAGCCCAGGGUGAUCCACUCCAUCCUCAACUCUCCAUAUGCUAACCUGUACAACCCGGAGAACAUCUACCUGUCUGAGCAUGGAGGAGGAGCCGGGAAUAACUGGGCCAGCGGCUUCUCACAGGGUGAGAAAAUCCAUGAAGAAAUAUUUGAUAUCAUCGACCGAGAGGCCGACGGCAGUGACAGUUUGGAGGGGUUUGUCCUGUGUCAUUCCAUUGCUGGGGGAACUGGCUCCGGGCUUGGAAGUUACCUUUUGGAGAGGCUAAAUGACAGGUAUCCUAAGAAGCUGGUGCAGACCUACUCUGUGUUCCCCAACCAGGAUGAGAUGAGCGACGUGGUGGUGCAGCCCUACAACUCACUUCUGACCCUGAAGAGGCUCACCCAGAACGCCGACUGUGUGGUGGUGCUGGAUAACACAGCUCUGAAUCGCAUCGCCACAGACAGGCUGCACAUCCAGAACCCCUCUUUCUCCCAGAUCAACCAGCUGGUAUCCACCAUCAUGUCUGCCAGCACAACCACCCUGCGCUACCCAGGGUACAUGAACAACGACCUGAUUGGCCUGAUCGCCUCCCUCAUCCCCACGCCCCGCCUCCACUUCCUCAUGACCGGCUACACCCCGCUCACCACGGACCAAUCGGUGGCCAGCGUGAGGAAGACCACCGUGCUGGACGUGAUGAGGAGGCUACUGCAGCCCAAGAACGUCAUGGUGUCCACGGGCAGAGACCGGCAGACCAACCACUGCUACAUCGCCAUCCUCAACAUCAUCCAGGGAGAGGUGGACCCCACGCAGGUCCACAAGAGUCUCCAGAGGAUCCGGGAGCGCAAGCUCGCCAGUUUCAUCCCCUGGGGCCCGGCCAGCAUCCAGGUAGCUCUGUCCAGGAAGUCCCCUUACCUCCCCUCAGCCCACCGCGUCAGUGGCCUGAUGAUGGCCAACCACACCAGCAUCUCCUGUCUGUUCGAGCGGACAUGCAAGCAGUACGACAAGCUGCGCAAGCGCGAGGCCUUCCUGGAGCAGUUCCGCAAGGAGGACAUCUUCAAGGAGAACUUCGACGAGCUGGACAACUCGCGCGAGGUGGUGCAGCAGCUGAUCGACGAGUACAGCGCGGCCACGCGGCCAGACUACAUCUCCUGGGGCACCCAGGAGCCGGCGGGACCCUAGUCCCACCCUGCCGCCACAGCAGGGACCGGGGCUGCGUCGGUGUGCUCUCCCCUGGGCCAGCCACACCAACCCCCCCACCGAUGGUUACAUCUGUGCCUCUACCCCGACCCCCACCGAUGGUUAUGGAAUAGUAGUGAAUAGUCUGCUCUUUUUCUCUCUCGUUCUGAAGUCCUCAUAUUACUGUUUUGACGUGACGGAAGAGAACUCUGUCACUUUGUUUUGCUCUGUUUUGAAACUGUAACGGUGCACUGCGUUUUGCGUUGUGCUUUGGAAGUGACUUUUCACACAGCAGUCUGGACACGUCAUGAACCGGCUGUCCUGACUUGAACUUCCAUCUGUAUCUCAACAAACAAGUGGUAUACAGUGGUGCAGUCACACGAUCCUCCAAUCAUCAUCAUCAUCAGAUAAUCUGCCUUUCAGAUUAGGCUCACAAGUCUGAUGAAUAAGCCUUCUGUUGCUGCUGUAUAUACUUCGCUGGACCAUCACUGAUUUUAUAUCGCACCAAACGCCUCUUAUCAGUAUUUAGGGGUAAACAUUUACUCGGCAAAGUCCCUCCUGUGCAUUUGACAUACCCCCCCCCCCUUUGUGGACAAACUACUUAUGUUCACUAGUGUAAUUGUUCAUUUCAACAUCUCUACCUAGUGCCUGUAUGUCUACCUUCGGAAUUAUUUUAUCUAUAGAGUCCUCUCCUAUUGCACCCAAAUGUAUAUACCAUUUCAUGUUGGCUGGACCUGUGUAAUGUAAUAAAGUUGUUUUUUUCUACAA